GAUAGCAAAUGAAUCUAAUCCUCCUGAGAAUUCUCUUGUUAAUUGUUAUCCCUGUCUUGAAGAACGUUUAGAAUUAAAAACUCUUAAUGAAAUUACUAUUGGUAUUAAUAUGAGUUUAAAAAAUUUUAAUGAUUUAGAAACUAAAUUUAAAGAUGAGACUAUUGAAGAGGUUGAAGAGAUUGAAGAAAUUAAUAUAACAAUCGAUGGUCUAACAUCAACAGGAAAAUCUACUAUUGGUAGAUCACUUGCAUUAAAAUUAAAUUAUCGAUUUAUUGAUAGUAGAUUAUUUUAUUAUUACCUAGCAUCAAAAACAGCAAGUCAAGAUGAACAAGAAUUAUUAUCUUUAUUACAACAAGAUAUUUUUAAACAUAUAUUUCAACUUAAUGAAUCAGUAUUUUUUGAAAAUGAAAAAUAUAUUGAAAAUAGUUCAAGAGCUAAAAAGAAAUAUAUUAUAUCUGGUCGCGAUUUUGCAACAAAUAUUCUUCCUAAUGCUGAAUUAAAAAUUCUAUUAACUGCUAAUUUUAAAACACAUGUUCAAAGAAGAUUAAAUCAAUUAAAAAAUAAUAAUUAUAAUGAUAUUUGUUUAGAUAUAAUUAAACAAAAUACAUUAUCAAUUGAAUUUAUUAAAGAAAUUACAAAACUUUCAACAAUUUUUGUUAUUGAUACAACAUAUCUUUCAAUAGAAGAAGUUGUUGAUAAAAUUUUAUUAAAAACUUCAAAUACGAUUACUAGAAUAAGUCUUGAUAGCAUUAGGAUUUCUGUGAAUAGUGUCAAGAAAUCGCUAGUGUUGAAUCUGAAAAUUUCUACUACUGAAAAGGGUGAUGAACUUGAAUUAUUACUUUUAAAACUUUUACGCAAAAACUCAAUUGAAUGUUAUACAACAAGAACAAGUUAUAAUGUUAAUUCAAUAUUUGUUCUUAUUGGUGAUGGUGGAACGGAUUUAUUUGGAAAUUAUAAAUUAAUAAAUUACAUUAUGCAAGUGAAAAACAAAUCUGAAAAAUAUAAAGUUGGGCCAGGAGAUAUUCGUGAGUUUUCAGCAGUUUUAGCAAAACAACUAGAAGAUACUAUUGAAGAUCUUACUAUUGAAAAUAUUGAAAUUGAUUCUGAUAAACCAGUUUUAAUAUUUGGAAUGAACUUAAAAAGAAAUGUAAAAAUAUCUAAACUUUCAAUUAAAUGUAAUAUUAAAAAUUCAAAACCAAACCCUAAAGUCAUUGUUGCUUUUGGUUCAAUUGGUGCUAGAAAAACAACUUUCUUAAUUGCUUUAAAAGAUUUUUUUGAAAAUCAAGGAAAAAAAGUAUAUUUUCCUGAAGAAAUGUCACUUCGUUUUGGAGAAGAUUUGGAGUAUUUUUAUCAAGAUACACGAAGAUAUGGAUUUAUGUUUCAAGAUCUUUUAAUUGACGCAUAUCAGAAAAAAAAUAAAAUAAUUAGAAAAGAUGAAUAUGAUAUCUAUUUAAUUGAUAGAACUACCAAGGACACUAUGAUUUUUUCUAAAAUUCUUAUUAAUGAUAAGUUGAAACUUGAUUAUUUUAAAAAGAAAUUGAAAAAGGAAGAAAAAAUUAAUGCUAAAUAUAAUUUUUUUAUUAAAUAUUCACCUAAAAUUUGUUAUGAAUGA